AUGGGCGGCCCGGCGGCGCGGAGGGGCGCCGGGGGGCUCCGCGCGCUGCUCCUGGCGCUGGUGGCCGUGGGGACGCCCGCGGGCGCCUACAACCUCGAUUCGCAGCGCCCCGUGCGCUUCCAGGGGCCCGCCGGUUCCUUCUUCGGCUACGCGGUGCUGGAGCACUUCCACGACAACACGCGCUGGGUUCUUGUGGGCGCACCAAAGGCAGAGUCCAAGUACAGCACUUCAGUGAGGUCCCCUGGGGCUGUGUUUAAGUGUCGUGUCCAUACCAACCCUGACCGGAGAUGCACCGAAUUGGACAUGGCUCGAGGGAAGAAUCGGGGCACACCGUGUGGAAAGACUUGCCGGGAAGACCGGGAUGAGGAGUGGAUGGGGGUGAGCCUGGCCCGGCAACCCAAGGCGGACGGCCUCGUGCUGGCCUGUGCCCACCGCUGGAAGAACAUCUACUACGAAACAGACCACAUCUUGCCCCACGGCUUCUGUUACAUCAUCCCGUCCAACCUCCAGGCCAAAGGCAGGACGCUGAUCCCUUGCUAUGAAGAGUACAAGAAGAAGUACGGAGAGGAACAUGGCUCCUGCCAAGCCGGGAUAGCGGGCUUCUUCACUGAGGAGCUGGUGGUGAUGGGCGCCCCAGGGUCAUUUUAUUGGGCCGGGACAGUCAAAGUGCUGAACCUUACGGACAACACCUAUUUCAAACUGAAUGAUGAAGCCAUCAUGAACAGGCGGUACACUUACCUGGGCUAUGCAGUGACGGCCGGCUCCUUCUCUCGCCCGUCCACCACUGAUAUCGUAGGAGGUGCCCCCCAGGACGAAGGCAUCGGGAAGGUUUAUAUUUUUAGAGCUGAUCGAAGAUCGGGUACCUUAAUUAAGAUAUUCCAGGCAUCAGGUAAAAAGAUGGGCUCUUACUUCGGCUCCUCCUUAUGCGCAGUUGACCUGAAUGCAGAUGGCCUCUCUGACCUGCUGGUGGGGGCCCCCAUGUUCUCUGAGAUCAGGGACGAGGGGCAGGUCACCGUCUACAUCAACAGAGGAAAUGGAGCCCUGGAGGAGCAGCUGGCCCUGAGUGGCGAUGGCGCCUACAACGCACACUUUGGGGAGAGCAUUGCCAGCCUAGGUGACCUUGAUGAUGACGGGUUCCCAGAUGUGGCCAUUGGCGCACCCAAGGAGGACGACUUCUCCGGGGCCGUCUAUAUCUAUCAUGGUGAUGUUGGUGGGAUCGUCCCUCAGUACUCAAUGAAGCUGUCCGGCCGGAAAAUAAGUCCGGUUCUGCGGAUGUUUGGGCAGUCCAUAUCAGGAGGCAUUGAUAUGGAUGGAAAUGGCUAUCCUGAUGUAACUAUUGGAGCCUUCAUGUCGGACAGCGUGGUUCUUCUAAGGGCGAGACCCGUCAUUACGGUGGACGUCUCCAUCUUCCUCCCAGCCUCCAUCAACAUCACGGCGCCUCAGUGUCACGACGGGCUGCAGCCUGUGAACUGCCUGAACGUCACCGCCUGCUUCAGCUUCCACGGCAAGCACGUUCCAGGAGACAUUGGCCUCAAUUAUGUUCUGACGGCUGAUGUGGCCAAAAAGGCAAAGGGCCAGUUGCCCAGAGUCUACUUUGUGUUGCUGGGAGAGUCCUUGGGUCAGAUCACAGAGAAGCUGCAGCUGGUCCACAUGGAGGAGACGUGUCAUCACUACGUGGCCCACGUGAAGCGGCGAGUGCAGGACGUCAUCAGUCCCAUUGUGUUUGAGGCCGCCUACAGCUUGGGUGAACAUGCGACUGGAGAGGAGAGGGAGCUGCCAGCUCUGACACCAGUGCUCCGCUGGAAGAAGGGACAGAAGAUUGCCCAAAGGAAUCAGACCGUCUUUGAAAGGAACUGCCGCUCAGAGGACUGUGCCGCGGACCUACAGCUCCAGGGUCAGCUGCUGCUCUCCAGCAUUGAUGGGAAAACCCCGUAUCUAGCUUUGGGGGCUGUGAAGAAUAUCUCCCUAAACAUCUCCAUCUCAAACCUCGGGGAUGAUGCCUAUGAUGCCAACCUGUCCUUCAACGUUUCCCGGGAGCUCUUCUUCAUCAACAUGUGGCAGAAGGAGGAAAUGGGCAUUUCCUGUGAGCUGCUUGAAUCAGACUUCCUCAAAUGCAGCGUGGGAUUUCCUUUCAUGAGGUCAAAAUCAAAGUACGAAUUCAGCGUGAUCUUUGACACAAGCCACCUGUCUGGGGAAGAGGAAGUUCUUAGCUUCAUCAUUACUGCUCAGAGUGGCAACGUGGAACGUUCCGAGUCCCUGCAUGACAACACCCUCACGCUGACGGUGCCGCUGAUGCACGAAGUGGACUCGUCCAUCACUGGAAUCAUGUCUCCAACUUCCUUUGUGUAUGGCGAGUCUGUGGACGCAUCUAACUUCAUUCAGCUAGAUGACCUGGAGUGUCAUUUCCAGCCCCUCAACAUCACCCUUCAGGUCUAUAACACUGGGCCAAGCACCCUUCCUGGGUCAUCUGUCAGCAUCGCUUUCCCCAAUCGGCUGUCACCUGGAGGGGCAGAGAUGUUCCAUGUGCAGGAGAUGGUGGUGAGCCAAGAGAAGGGAAACUGCUCUUUCCAGAAAAACCCAACCCCCUGCAUCAUCCCUCAAGAGCAAGAAAAUAUCUUCCAUACAAUAUUUGCCUUUUUCACCAAGUCUGGAAGAAAAGUCUUGGACUGUGAAAAACAAGGAAUUUCUUGCCUAACAAUGCACUGUAACCUUAGUGCGCUUGCUAAAGAAGAAAGUCGUACUAUAGACAUUUACAUGCUGCUGAACACAGAAAUAUUGAAAAAGGACAGCUCAUCUGUCAUCCAGUUUAUGACCCGCGCCAAGGUCAAGGUGGACCCUGCCCUGAGGGUGGUGGAGAUAGCCAAUGGGAACCCAGAAGAGAUGAUGGUGGUCUUCGAAGCCUUGCACAACCUGGAGCCUCGGGGCUAUGUGGUGGGCUGGAUCAUUGCCAUCAGUUUGCUGGUGGGAAUCCUCAUCUUCCUGCUGCUGGCUGUUCUGCUCUGGAAGAUGGGCUUCUUUCGCCGAAGGUACAAAGAAAUCAUUGAAGCUGAGAAAAACCGGAAAGAGAACGAAGAUGGUUGGGACUGGGUCCAGAAAAACCAGUGACCUGCCACACCAGCCACAUGACCCAGUCAUUUCGCCUGUCGUCCUUGUUCUUUGUAUCUUCCAUAUUUGGAAGAAAGAAUCUUCUCCAGAUUUUUCGGAGGCCCCACUGACGCUGUUCUCUUCCUCACGUUACCAAGCCCAGGAGCCAACCUGGGGCAGCCUCUCCGGCCAGGUCACAGGACUGGAGCCACCACCCGUUUCCUUUCAGAGAUGAACUCCGAACUUGGGAAAAGUAAGCACCAGAGCUGAGCGAUAUUUAUGGAUGCAACGUGCGUGGUCAACCCUCAGGGGAAAACUGUUACCUAAAAGUAUUUUUAUAAAUACAAGCCUUUUAUACUGAUUAUGUCUUUAUAUUUGUAUCAAUGUUUUAUUAUUUCUAUUAAAUAGUUCUAUAAUUCACUCAAGCACUGAUAUCUGGCCUGAAAGCUUGGAAGGACAUGUGCGUUCAUACAAAUUUUGAAGGAUAAAAACCUGAUCAUACUUUGGAACUUGCUGUUACCAGAGACGUGUGGAUAAAAUAAUCUGAAGAAACCUCGUGGGAUGAAUCCGCCAAGCUGUGGGGCUGCAUGUGAGCUGUGGGGUUGCCGAGACCCCUGAGAAGAUUCACCUCUUCAUGGCCAGGAGUCAAGUUCAAAGUAAUGUGCUAAAGAACUACAAGUGGUUUUUCAUAUGUAGCUUUCGUUGCGAGAUUUCCAGCAGGCAUUUGGAUAGAAAAACCUGACCCUGGCACAGGUCCGCUCUCCAUCACCUACACAGCAGACAUCACACCCUCCUUCCACUUGGAUUGAUAGAUGAGAGCUUGGAGCAAGGCCAUUUGGUCAUCUGGUAAACCUCAGAAGGGCAUCUCAUCCUGGACAUCAUGCGUCAGGGUCCACAUACCACAAGGACUACAUCGGACCCCACCAAGCCCAGACUUGUGUCUGAAUGCCGUGAUACGUGGCCUUUUCAUCGAGUUCAGAGGUCUCCACUUUCCCUGCCAUUCCUGCUGUCCCAGCUCAUGGUGACUGCAGAUCCCUUCCCAGAGAUGACCAUUCAACCUGUCCUUUGUUUUUAAAAUAGGGUCUGAAGUGCCAUUCCCAAAAAGCAGACUCUGAUACAAGGAUUUGUAUGCAAGCAACCGAUUAAGGGAGCGUCCCAUGCCCAGGAGACAGCAGUAGGGGUGUGAGGGAAGCAGGACAGGAAAGGAGAGGAAACCAGGUGAGGGUGCCAUUUCAGAGGACAUCCCAUGGAGGGCAGCUACAGCCUGAUCCCGUGAGGAGCGGUCCCAAACUGAGGCAAGGAAGCUGAGCUUUCAAAUUCUUGCACCCACAGGAGGUUUCAACGUCCCACUCUCGGUUCCUGCUGGCAGACUGGCUCCGAUAGCCCAAAGGUGGUCCUCUAAAGGAGAGCUGGAAAUGCACCCAGCCCCCACCCUCGGGGGACUUCCAGAAACAAUGUGAAAGGAAGGAUGCACAGGGAUCUGGGCAUAGCACUGACAUGCGCCUUGCCCCCGAGUGUGCGAAUGCUGAGUUGUGGCCUUCGGUUCCAGUCUCCCCAUUUGACAGUGUGUAUUAUCAGACGCACUGCUGCCCGGUUUGGAGUGCAAGGUGAUUUUCUUAAAGGGCGAUGACACGACGGGUGUAGUGUGCUCAGCACUGCGCCUGGUCCAUCGUGAACACUCAGUGACUGGGGCAGCUCUGGCUGCCGUCCCCACAAACCAUCUGCCAAAAGAAAAAACACGUGGCUAAGAGCAGGGUCUGACAGAGUCCUCUUAUUACGGCCCCUUAUUACGGCCCAUGGAGGCCCCCAGUACCUAACAAACGGCAUCAAAUGGGAAUGAAACAAGAAAGAUGAAGGAUCUUUCUCACAGGGCUGCGUUUGCUGGAAACUAACAUGUUGGGGUGUGAGAACAUUGGUGCAAAAACACAGAACUCCACUCCAGAGAGGAGACAGAUUUUCUGUGCCCGUAUUCAGCUCAUAUUUGCAAAGACGUCUCAUGCUGGGGCAGAAUCAGGAGGAUGCUGGACAGCUGUGAACCCGGCAUGGAACAUGAGUUUCUUUUCUUGCCUCAUUACGCAGCUGACUCUGAUGCAGGAAGAUGGUGUAUGUAUUACGUGACCCCUCGUGGUGAAUAUGGGAAGAGAUGGCCACGCCAGAGGGUCCGUGGCAUGAAUGAGGCAGGUCUUAGAAUGAAGUCAGGGAUGUUGCUCCUAACGGAGGGAUGGAGGCAGAGAGGUAACUGCUGGGCAGAUGCAGGCAAAGAAACCAGCCCUCAGAGUUCACCUGAGACUUCCCUCCAAAGUAGUAAGGGCAGCUUUGAGUGGGUCUUAGUCACUCAUUUCGAGGAUUCUUAGGGGCCCCUGCAGUGCAUCAUAAACGAUGCAUCUGCUGCAAGUUCCCCCGAGAACACUGCAGGCACAUUUUGCCUGGAGAGCCAGACCUCCCUGCAAGAGGAGUGCGGAGUGUGGAUUCCUUUAGGAGACCCCGCGUGUAGCUUUCCUGCGAUGGAUUCUCGUUCACCGUGUCACGCUGUCCUUUCAUAAACCCCCUGAAGAUUCUCCAGUGGCAAGCCUGGAUCAGCGCCAUCAGCAGCUUCGGACAAACGCAUCUAUAGCCACUAACCAGCUUCCCACAAGGGAGGGCAGACGCACUGGGGGUGGGCUAGAGGGUGACCCACUCUGCUCCUGUGGGCAGUCUCGGAGCCAGGAUCUCUUUGCCUCUGGUCCAUUCCAAAUAGUAGACCCACGUGAGUAGUCAUAUACUCAAGGAGAUCACGAAGACUUCAUAAGGCAGUUUAAAAAAAAAAAAAAAAAAUGGCCUUGGCAUCACCAGAAGCAAACUUUGGCAAUGACUCCAGGAAUCUGUCUGAGGAAGGCUGGUGCCUCUGUGUGUUAGAGGGGGCCGAGUAACAGGUGAGUCAACAGGGAACGCUUUAACACGGCAAUGAAGCAGCCAAGCACACCGUGAGCCCGCUCUCUGCGGGGCAUCUUACCAGCUCCACACAGCUCAGAAGCUCUCGGUAGGUUCUCCGGGGAAGCAGACAGGGUGAAUGGCAUCUGUGCAUUACUCCUCCAGAAUUUUCUUUUAAAAGUCUGUAGCACGUUCCAGUUUCUAACCUUCCCACUCGUACGGGUCCACUGUGGAAUCCUAUCAGAUACUCUCUCUCACAGCUGCUGCCGCUUUUAGUUACGGAUUCAGUAUGGUUUUUGCUGUCAGAAAUACGGAGACGGUUUUUAAAUAUGAAAAAGGACCUUGGUCAAAAUUGAGGAAAAUCUUGCCCUCUGUUCAAAAAUGAUUCUCUUCCGCUUCGUUGAUAACGGGACUUAUGAGUUGGGAACAUCCGCACCGUGAGUGCUAGACCUGUCAUCAAGAAGAGGCCAUGAAGUUAGGAACAAGGAGGCACUAGAAGAAGGGAGUGGGUCCACUUUAUGGGGACUGACAGGCACACAUCAGGAAUCUGCUCUUUCAGUCAGCUCUUCAGGAAAAUUCCAUCACCAGGAGGAUUCCAAAGUCUGGUACCUGUUGUAGAAAAUGCAAUAGUCCUCCUUCACCGAGUCACGCAUAGCCUACCAAAGGGAUUAAAAGCAAACAGAAAACUAGCAGGAACAUCUGGGACCUGUUUUCAAUGGGGAAAUAUAAAAGAUCCCCCAUGAUAUGUGUGCUGUAUGCCACCUGUUAAAACCCUAGCAGGGUCAUUUUUUAAAGGUUAUUCGACUAUUAUUUUUGAAAAAGGCAUGAUGGCCGGGGGAAUGCAGUUACACAUAAGUCAUGUCGGAAAUGUGCAUCUGGUGAAACCUACUAUCCCUGACUCAAACUUCCGGAAUUUAGAGGCGCUUCAAAAGGACCGUCAUGCAGGGAAAGGGCCCUGUAGAAGACAGAAGGCAGGCAGUGAGUGUCAUUUCAGAAAUGUUCCAAUGGACAGGGGUUUCCGGGAUGUUUUGUUCUGCUAUUUAGAGGGGUGGUAUACAGAGUGGAGAAUAUUUUCUGAAACGAAGAAUGGCUGAAGGGAGGAUACAGAGCCAGUAGGGCCAAUAUGAACCUUCUAGAAUGUCUUCUGAUUUUCAGCACAUUAGGGGAAUAAUGGACAAAUUUCCCAUGUGAUGCAAUGCUUUAUAGCACAAUGAUCUAGAUUUCAGACUUUGUUAAGGUUUUUUUUUAAAAAUUCUAAUGUGCACGGUGUGAUGGGCAGAGUGAGUUUAAAAGCUUUAAGAGUGAUUAAUUGCAUGGCAGACACCCACGCUAACUUCACUUCCAGAACCUGACUGAUGCAUCCAUAUACAUUUCCAUUGAGGAAUUUUGGUGGGAGGGGUGCUCCUCCUUACAAAGUCACAUGUAUUAAAGUCUAUGCAGUCACUUCUAAUUCACUUGCACUGUUUGGGAAAUGCAGGUUUACAAAAAUACACGUUUGGAAUAAAAAAUGGCUGCAAAUGA